AUGGCUGCCAGCAUUAAGCUGUGCUUAGCAGUCUCGUGCGCCCUGGUUUUGGCCACGGCGUGCCAUGGCCUCCAGGUGGACUACUACGGGAAGACGUGCCCCAGGGCUGAGGCCCUCGUGAGGGCCGAGGUGAAGAAGGCCGUGCGCGCCAACCCCGGCGUCGGCGCCGGCCUCAUCCGCAUGCUCUUCCACGACUGCUUCGUCGAGAUCUCUCCUCUGAGUGAUUCUUCGAUAUCCUCCACCAAUAGUUUUGGCGCCCACCCGCGGUUCGUUCCGAGACACCACAUGGCAGCGAAGAAGAAUACCAACGCGGGCGCUUCGACGGAGCCUCCCGCUUCGGCGAAGGCCCGUGCUCUAGCGAACGCCAUCAUUCCAACCAACACGGGAAAUAACAAUCAUGAAGACAACAACGAAGACACUUCAGUCGACGACCUCACCAAUGGGGAGUUUGAGGUCGAGCUCCUCGACAUGGGCAUCGCAACCGAAGACAUCCAAGCCAUGCGAAGAAUCGACGCGUGCCUCGUGGAGUGGUCGCGCCACGCCCGGCAAGCAGCAACCCUAGCCGACCCAUAG